GCAUCUUCUGGCCAGUUCCAGCUAGGGAGACGGCUCUCAGAGGCAGAAACUGGGCUCUAAACACAGUGGGCGGAGGGAGGCAGGAUGGGUUUUAACUUGAGUGAGUGGGUAAGGAGACGGAAGCAUGAGAGAGAGAGAUCGAAUAGCAACUGAAACAGAAGAGGAAGUAGACGAGCAGGGGAACGGAUGGGCAGAGCUGCAAGCUUCCCAGUGUUGGUCUCAUCACUCGCCGACUGCCAAAACCUCCCUGUUAUUACCAUCCUCAGCUGCCCGUUCCACUUUGAUGUUCCACGCACUCCACAUGCAACUUGCCCAGGCAAAAGGGAAGCUGAGGUGCUGCUCCCGAACAUGGCUGGGGGUGAUCCUGCUGAUGGCCAUCUUCCUUGGCUACUUUAGCCAGGGUUUCUUGGAUCUAAAAGGCAAUCAUCUGGAUCUUCCAACAGAGCAGCCAAGCUGUGCCACAUACCAGAAUGACCUGCCGGUUGUGAAGCUAAUGAGGAUGAUUUACCCCAAACCACAAGUUCUACAUCCCCCGAGAAAUGACGUCCUGGUAAUUACUCCCUGGCUUGCUCCAGUGGUCUGGGAAGGAACUUUUAACAUUGACAUCAUAAAUGAGCAAUUCAAGCAAAGGAACAUCACUGUGGGACUGACGGUGUUUGCCAUCAAAAAGUACGUGGUCUUCCUGAAGUUGUUCCUGGAAACCGCAGAGAAGCACUUCAUGGUGGGGCACAAGGUGAAUUAUUACGUCUACACAGACCGACCAGCUGACGUCCCUGCCGUCCCCCUCCGAGAGGGAAGGAAGUUGGUCGUCCUGGAAGUCCAGAAUUACGCCCGCUGGCAGGACGUCUCCAUGCACCGCAUGGAGAUGAUUAGCUACUUCGCCCAGCAACGCUUCCACCGGGAAGUAGACUAUCUUGUGUGCGCUGACGUAGAUAUGAAGUUCAGCGACCACGUCGGGGUGGAGAUUCUCAGCCCUCUGUUCGGCACUCUCCACCCGGGCUUCUACGGGGCCGAACGGAGAUCCUUCACCUACGAGCGGCGGCCUUUGUCUCAAGCCUACAUUCCCCCAGAUGAGGGGGACUUCUACUAUAUGGGGGCCUUUUUUGGAGGGACAGUGAACGAGGUGUACAAACUCACCAAGGAGUGUCACCAAGCCAUGAUGAUGGACAAGCGCAAUAACAUUGAAGCAGUUUGGCACGAUGAAAGCCACUUAAACAAAUAUUUGCUUUACCAUAAGCCAACCAAAGUUCUUUCCCCAGAAUACAUGUGGGAUGAGCAACUUCUGGGAAGGCCGGCCAUCCUUCAGAAAUUGAGGUAUGUUGCUGUGCCAAAGAACCAUGACGAAAUUCGGAACAGAUGAGAACCUUCCUCUGGAAAGGAUCGCUGAAAGAUUAUGAUAACAGACAUUUAAGACUUUGCCCUGAUUUCCUUCUUACUGUCUUUGUGAUCAGUUGAAAGAGAAGAAUGUAACCUCCUGCUUAUUCAGAAGACAGUUUGAACUAAUGUGGGAAAAAAAAUUUGUAUUCACUGCUAGCUAGUUCACUCAUUUAAAAAAAAUCACUUAAUCAGACUGCUUGUUUACAGAUUGUUUGAAUAGACUGUUCCACUCUUAAAUUGGUCACCCCAAAUGUUCUCCUGCCGAAGAGUCCAUUUUCAUGGUAUUUGGAAUAUUUAAAAUUGGGUUCUUCCAUGCUAAAUAAGAACAGGAGAAUAAAACCCAAGGGAGUCUCUUU